AUGGAUACUGUUGACUCCAAAUCUCCCGACCACUAUGUCGAUCUGAGACAGCAAGACCGAGACAGCGAGACCAAGAAAUUCAUUGAGAGUAACAAACUAGAGACUACGUCCAAAUAUGCCUUCAGAGGACUCAGGGACCUGACUCACUUGUCUUUGGCAAACAAUAACAUUAAAGCCUUGCCCAGGGACCUCUUCAUUGACCUUGACUCCCUUAUAGAGCUGGACCUGCGAGGCAAUGCCUUUGAAUGUGACUGCAGAGCCAAGUGGCUUAUGACGUGGUUAAAGAACACCAAUGCCACAGUGUCGGAUGUUGUGUGUGCAGGACCAGAGGACAUGAAGGGCAAGCGCCUCAAUGAUAUGACCAGCCUGCAGAAUGAGUGUGUCUCCACAGAUUUCAUCCUUCAUCAGUCUGUUGCCUCAGAAUCGUUCAAUAAGUUCCAGGAUAUCGAGGUGUCCAAGAUCUCUAAGCCCAGUGAUAUUGAGGCCUUCCAGAUUGGCUCUGAUUGGUUCUUUGUGAUUGCUGACAGCUCAAAAGCUGGCCUCUCCACCCUCUACAAGUGGAAUGAUAAUGGCUUUUAUUCGUACCAGUCACUGCACGAGUGGUACCGCGACACGGAUGUAGAGUUUCUCGACUUGGAUGGGAAAGCUCACCUUAUUCUAGCGAGCCGCUCACAGGUUCCAGUGAUCUACCAGUGGAGCCGGAGCAACCAGAAGUUCAUCCUGCAGGGUGAGAUCCCCAACAUGGAGGAUGUAGUGGUUGUGAAACACUUCCGGAUCAAGGAGGAGCUCUACCUGGCUAUGACGCGGUAUAUCGGUGAUUCCAAAGUUCUGCGUUGGGGCACCAAACAGUUUGCUGAGAUCCAAGCUUUGCCCUCUCGAGGCUCCAUGAUUCUCCAGCCGUUCUCUUUCAAGGAACGUUACUAUCUGGGUCUGGGAAGCGACUACACCUUCUCACAGAUCUACCUGUGGGAUGAGGACAACAAAAUCUUUGACCGCUUUAAGGAGGUGUACAUCCAAGCCCCACGCUCUUUCACCGUGGUAUCUACCGACCGCAGGGACUUUAUUUUUUCCUCGAGCUUCAAGGGAAACACGCAGAUCUUUGAGCACAUCAUUAUCGACCUGAGCUUGUGAGGGGCUGUGCCUUAUCGUCCCGUCUGAAAUCAAAUGUCUUCCACUUGAAAGACAAAUUCAAGAAGGGAAAAAAAAGAGAAAGGACCUUAUAAACUGUUAAAUAUCCACACCUUCAUAGUUUUCACUCACAAAUUAGAGCGGGGUCAAGAUGUAUCGUGACUAUUUCUGAAUGGCCUUACACUCAUGGAUCCUCAGACUUUCUGAAGUACUACCCUUUCAUAACUACUUCUAUUCUCUUAAAAAUACCACUGAAGUUCAUGACGGGUUAAAAAAAGAGACAUUUAAUUGAAUCUAUUUGGAUUUAUCUUUUUUUGUUUAAUAUCUUUCUCUCAGUAGUUUUAU